GCGACGGUACUGGAUAGCAUAUAAAGUUAUGGGUGCCAACUCAUUUAAGUGUCCUUUCAGUCGUUCCAGUUUAUCCAUUGUUACACCAAUAAAACUUAAGCCUCACAAAACGUUUAAUAUCUUAUCCAACAUGUCGAUACCCGAAAAUCGUCUUCCUGUCGUCCGUAGAAUUCUAGCUUCGAAUUUACCACUUCCCACCACGCUCUCGACUGUCACUAAAUCCGAGCCAGCUGUUGAAGUAACAGCAGAUGAUUUAUCAAGCGCUCCAAUUCUAGAUGGAAAUUAUGCCAAAAUCAGCAUCUUCAAUCACAAAUCCAUUCCCGCCUCAACCGUUGGACACGGGAAACUUGAACUGGAAGAGGUGCCUGGGGCCGGGAUUGUAUUGCCUGGUGGGGCAAACAUCUAUUAUCUAGAUAUUGCGCCUGGAUAUUCUACCUCAAUACACCGGACGACUUCAGUAGACUAUAUGGUCUUUCAGACGGGUGAGGUGGUGUAUUUGACACCAGACGAGGCUUUUAACCCAGAGACAGGAAAGGGAAGGUUUGUGGAGACUCUAUGUAAAGCAGGCGAUAUUCUCAUUCAGCGUGCGACACUGCAUGGCUGGGCAAACCGAACCGACGAGUGGGUGCGCAUCCUGUGUGUGGUAUUAGAUGCUAAGUCUCCUUCCACGGAUAUUCAAGGUGGCAAUGCGAGACAUCAGUUGUCUGAGGUCUGGGAUGUCUGAUAUCUCAUGCUGAUGCUUUGUCACAGAUGCAAGGGGCGACGGCAUGUUUUUUAUAGAACAUAAAUGGGCGUUUAAAAUCCCAUCCAGCUGCUGCCUAAAUUUAUCACAAAGUCAUAUACUAUGAACCUCCCA